AUGCCGUCCCUUCCUAUGCGCCCGCUUGGCCGUAAUGGCCCCCGCGUUCCCCGUAUUGGCCUCGGCCUUAUGGGAAUUAGCGCCUUCUACGGACCUGUGAAACCCGAAGCAGAGCGCAUGGCUCUGCUCGACAAGGCCUACGAGCUCGGCGAAACGUUCUGGGACACAGCCGACAUGUACGGCGACUCUGAGGAGCUCAUCGGACGCUGGUUUGAUGCAAACCCUGCAAAGCGCAAGGACAUAUUCCUCGCCACCAAGUUCGCCAACAAAACGCUUGCAGAUGGCUCAUGGGGCAUAGAUUCUUCACCGGGUUGGAUCGACCUGUAUUACUGCCACCGCCUUGACCAAAAGACGCCAAUUGAAAAGACGGUGCAGGCGAUGAAAGAGCUGAAGGAAGAGGGAAAGAUCAAGCUGCUAGGCCUGAGUGAAGUCAGCGCCGAGUCACUCCGACGCGCCCACAAGGUGCACCCCAUCUCCGCUGUGCAGGUGGAGUAUUCGCCCUUUGCGCUGGAGAUUGAGUCCCCACAGUUCAAGCUGCUCGAGGUGGCGCGGGAGCUUGGGGUUGCAGUGGUUGCAUACUCCCCUCUAGGCCGUGGCAUCCUAUCAGGCAACAUCAGAUCGCGUGCGGACUUUGACCCCAAUGACCUUCGCAAGAUCCUCCCGCGGUUCAGUGAAGAGAACUUUCCCAAGAACCUGGAGAUUGUGGACAAGAUUGCCGAGAUCGCCAAGCAGAAGAGCCUGACACCAUCGCAGCUCUGUUUAAGCUGGCUACUAGCCAAUGGAGAUGAUAUUUUCCCCAUUCCAGGAACCACACGACAGGAACGCCUGGAGGAGAACUUGCGAGCUUUGCACAUCCAGCUGGCCCCCGAGGAGCAAAGCGCAAUCCGGCACGUAUGCGAGAAUGCACAGGUUUUAGGGAAGCGGUACCCAGAUGCGAUGGCCGCAUCAUGCUUUGCAGAUUCUCCAGCUCUGUAG